AUGCGCGCUAUUUUUCUUGUUGCUCUUGCGCUCGCCACCAUGCGCGAGUCGACUGCGGAAUCCCUGAAGCUCACCAAAGAGAACUUCAACGAGACCAUCGCAAAGAGUGAAAUAUUUCUCGUGAAGUUUUAUGUUGACACCUGUGGAUACUGCCAGAUGCUCGCACCAGAGUGGGAGAAGGCGGCCAAUGAAACUAUUGACAAUGCACUUAUGGGCGAAGUCGACUGUCACUCACAACCUGAAUUGGCGGCUAACUUUUCCAUCAGGGGAUACCCAACAAUCAUUCUCUUUCGUAAUGGCAAGGAGGCGGAGCACUACGGUGGUGCCCGCACGAAGGACGAUAUUAUCAAGUACAUUAAAGCGAACGUUGGACCGGCAGUGACGCCAGCGUCCAAUGCUGAAGAGGUGACAAGGGCAAAGGAGGAGCAUGAUGUAGUGUGCGUUGGCCUGACAGCCAGCAAUAGCACUUCACUUUCUACCACACUGGCCGAGGCCGCGCAGUCGUUCAGAGUCAGCCUCAAAUUCUUUGAAGCAGAACCUAAGCUUUUCCCCGACGAGAAGCCCGAGACCAUUGUGGUGUACAGGAAGGGAGGCGAAAAGGAGGUUUACGAUGGCCCCAUGGAAGUAGAGAAGUUGACAGAAUUCCUUCAAAUUUCUCGCGUUGCCUUUGGGGGUGAAAUUACCCCGGAGAACUAUCAAUACUACUCAGUUAUAAAACGACCCGUAGGAUGGGCUAUGGUCAAGCCUAAUGAAACUGCUUCGAUCGAGUUGAAAGAAAGCCUCACAGAAGUGGGUAAAAAAAUGCGAUCCCAUAUGGUAGUUCUCUGGGUUAACAUUUCGAAACAUCCGGUUUGGAGGGACUUCGGUGUCCCGGAGGACGCCAAGUACCCCGCCUUUUUGGCUAUCCACUGGGGCGCCAAUUACUUGCAUUCCACAGCGGAGGUUGUGACCCGCGAGUCCCUUGAGAAGUUCAUCCUGGAGUUUGCUGCAGGUCGUGUCGAGCCCACCAUCAAGUCCCUCCCUGUCCCCGAGGUGGAGACUGUUGAUGGCAAAACCACCAUCGUGGCAAAAACAAUGCAGAAGCACCUUACGUCGGGAAAAGACAUGCUCAUCCUUUUCUUUGCCCCUUGGUGCGGUCACUGCAAGAAUUUCGCUCCAACCUUUGAUAAGAUCGCGAAGGAGUUCGAUGCAACCGACCUUAUCGUUGCCGAGCUUGAUGCCACAGCCAAUUACGUUAACUCGUCUACUUUUACAGUUACAGCAUUUCCGACGGUGUUCUUCGUCCCGAAUGGAGGGAAACCCGUUGUUUUCGAAGGUGAACGCUCAUUUGAAAACGUCUACGAAUUUGUUCGCAAACAUGUGACAACGUUUAAGGUGAGUGAGAAACCAGCUAAUGUGACAGAGGAGAAGAAAAGCGAGGAAGAGAACAAGAGCAGUAGGAGCAAUGAAAGUAAUGAUAGCAAUGAGAGCAAUGUUGAUAAACAAGAUCUGUAG